GCAGACGAGGCUGUGACGCGGCCGCCGGCCCCCGGGCUGGGUACUUUGUCGCGCGGCCGCUUCCCCCCGGCCGGGCCCCCGCCGUCCCGCGUUCCACAGUGCGCCUGGCCCCCGGGGGGAGGGUGGGAGGGAGGGAGAGGGCCGGUGGGCGCCAGCGGCCCACGGCGGGCCCCACGGAGCCCCUCGACCCGCCGAGCCUGGAGCCGGGCCCGGGCGAGGAAGCCGGCUCCAGCCCGGAGCAAACUUCGCAGCCGGGCGGGGGGUGGCGGGGACCCCGUCCGGAGCCGGAGGAGGGGCCGGCCGCGGGCCCUCCCGCCGCUGCUCCCGCGUCUCCGGGCACCAUGCUGUCCAACUCCGGUGCGGUUCCUCAGCCCGCCGCCGCCGCCGCCGCCGCCGCCGCCGCCGCACCAUGCUGUCCAGCGCCGGUGCUCUUCCCCAACCCGCCGCCGCCGCCCCCCGCCCCGGCCCAGCCUCACCCCCCGGCCCAGCCGCCGCCGCCGCAGCCCCCGCAGCAGUUCCCCCAGUUCCACGUCAAGUCGAGCCUGCAGAUCAAGAAGAACGCCAUCAUCGACGACUACAAGGUCACCACCCAGGUCCUGGGACUGGGCAUCAACGGGAAAGUUUUGCAGAUCUUCAACAAGAGGACCCAGGAGAAAUUCGCCCUAAAAAUGCUUCAGGACUGUCCCAAGGCCCGCCGCGAGGUGGAGCUGCACUGGCGGGCCUCCCAGUGCCCGCACAUUGUGCGCAUCGUGGACGUGUAUGAGAACCUGUAUGCGGGGAGGAAGUGCCUGCUGAUUGUCAUGGAGUGUUUGGAUGGUGGAGAGCUCUUUAGCCGAAUCCAGGACCGAGGAGACCAAGCCUUCACAGAAAGAGAGGCGUCAGAAAUCAUGAAGAGCAUCGGUGAGGCCAUCCAGUAUUUACACUCGAUCAACAUCGCCCAUCGGGAUGUCAAGCCUGAGAAUCUCUUGUACACCUCCAAAAGGCCCAAUGCCAUUCUGAAGCUCACUGAUUUUGGCUUUGCCAAGGAAACCACCAGCCACAACUCCCUGACCACUCCUUGUUACACGCCAUACUACGUGGCUCCAGAAGUGCUGGGCCCAGAGAAGUAUGACAAGUCUUGUGACAUGUGGUCCUUGGGUGUCAUCAUGUACAUCCUGCUGUGUGGGUACCCCCCGUUUUAUUCCAACCACGGCCUUGCCAUCUCUCCUGGUAUGAAGAGUCGCAUCCGAAUGGGCCAGUAUGAAUUUCCCAACCCGGAGUGGUCAGAAGUGUCAGAGGAAGUGAAGAUGCUCAUCCGGAACCUGCUGAAGACAGAGCCCACCCAGAGGAUGACCAUCACUGAGUUCAUGAACCACCCCUGGAUCAUGCAAUCAACGAAGGUCCCUCAAACCCCACUGCACACCAGCCGGGUCCUGAAGGAGGACAAGGAGCGAUGGGAGGAUGUAAAGGAGGAGAUGACCAGUGCCUUGGCCACGAUGCGGGUCGACUACGAGCAGAUCAAGAUAAAAAAGAUCGAAGAUGCGUCCAACCCUCUGCUUCUGAAGAGGCGGAAGAAGGCUCGGGCCCUGGAGGCCGCAGCCCUUGCUCACUGAGCCGCUGAGCCUGCCCAGCUCUACUGGAGGACAAGCAAUAACUCUCGACCCGAAUAUAUUUUUCAAAUGAAGAGACACAGAACUGUCCACUUCCGCCUCCCCUCCUCCUUGGCUGCGUGGAGCCUGGACCUCGUCAGAGGCUGAGUUCUGGCCGCCCCCGCGAGGGAGCCGCUGGGAGGCCAGGAGGGCGUGGAGAGAAGGAGCGAGAUGCUCUUGGACCUGGGCUCCUUCUGCGAUUUUAUCAGUAAUUUGACUUAGAAUUUUUAUGAAACCUCUUUUAUUGUUCUUUCCCUCACUCUCGCCGCUCCUCUCCCCCAGACCCCUGCCUCUCUGGACCCUGCAAGGGUUUGGGGUUUGUUCAAGGGUGUUUGUGGAGACCGUGAUGGGGAGCGUCCCUGUGUUGUCCCAUCUGCCCUCUCCGAUUUCCCACUACAGCCCGGUCCCCAAUGGCUGAGGCAUCCUGGGAGCUGCAGGCCACGGAGAGCUGGGGCCAGGCGGCCGCCCCUCUGCUGCUGAGCUCUCAGACGCCACCAGUGUGCCAGGCAGAUGGGAGUGAGUGUGGGUGGGUGUGUGUGUGUGUGUGUGCCCGUGCGCGUGUGCCUGGGUCAGGGCCUGGGCUUGUGCAUUUGAGGGGCCAGGGGCAGGCAGGGCUGCGGAGGGGGGCCCCCCGUGGCUCAGGAAUCCUCUCCCUCCUCGGGCCUGCUCUGCCCGCGUCGGGCCUGCCGAAGUGCCUGGGAAGCCUGUCCAGAUCCUGAGCCAGGCCGUCGUGCCCGCCUCUGUGAGCUGGUUCCGGGGGGGGGUGGAGAGGAGUGACUUAGCCCCCGCCCGGACAUCCGGAAGACUGGAGCCCCGCCCCGGGACCCGGCUCCCCUCUCAGUGCUGGGCCGGGUCCUCUGCGGCGCUGAUAUACCGAGUCACCUCUCUGCUUCCCCUUCCUGCCAUUAUUAACCCAUUUUCUUUAUUUUCUGACAUUUUAGCCAUUUCUCAGCAGGCCCCCUCUCAGCCCUCGGGGGUGAGCCUGGGCGGUUUAUGAAUGACACAGAGCUGCUGCCUUUCCGGGCCUCCCGGGGUCCGGGGGCGUCGGCCAGCGAGCCCUGUGGUCGAAGGCAGCACCGCUUAUGUGGCCCUGCUGUAAACUCCGCCGUGUGGCCCUGAGGGUGGGGGGGGGGGUCUUCGCACCAAAGAUGUCCCGACUCUGCCCCUUCCCCAUCAGCCGCCGUGCCCCCACCCCAAACAACUCAGCAUCGCGUGUCCAGGCCAGUGAGGGGGUGGGGUGGGGAGCCCCCACGUAUGCAUGAGGAGCAGUGUGAGGAGAGGCCCUCUGUGCCAUGGUCCCUUGGGGCAGGGGUGGCACUAAUAUUUCAGCUUUCAUCUCCCUCAGGGGCAGGGUUUGGGGGUGGGGGGUGUCCAGGGUCUUCUCUGGGCAGGGGGGAGGGCUCUGAGGACCUGCAGUGCCUCCCUGACUCUGACGGUGUGUCCAGCACUCAGAUUGUUGUAAACUGUUGUUUUGUAUGAGCAAAAUUGUCUUUACUAAACAGAUUUAAUAGUUGAAA